AAGUUCUGCUUUGAGGUGUAGAGGAAGGAGUGGUGCUGUAGUCCUGUAUGAACUACAAAUCAGUACCUAUCGCGUCAAAUUGCGUCAUCACUGGUGGACGAAGCACACGCUCUAGCACAAACACCGCUGAAAUCAUGGCAUCGGGCGACGCGUUUAAAGUGUCUUCCCUGAAGGGCAAAGUGGCUCUGAUAACGGGGGCCAGCUCGGGCAUCGGGGCAGGUACGAGCGUCCUGUUCGCCAAGCUCGGAGCUCUGCUGGCUCUGAAUGGCCGCGACGUGGAAAACCUCAGCAAGAUAUCCAAACAGUGCACCGACUGUGGAGCUGCAGAGCCUUUGCUUGUUCCUGGAGACCUCACCGAUGAGGAGACGGUGAAGAAGACAGUGGAGCAAACUAUCGCCCACUUCGGCCGGCUGGACGUCCUGGUCAACAGCGCUGGGGUCCUGGCCAUGGGCAGCAUCGAGGCGACAGACUUGGCUCAGUACGACAAGGUCAUGAACAUCAAUGUCAGGUCUGUGUACCACCUGACUCAACUCUGCGUGCCCCACCUGAUCAAGACCAAAGGCUCCAUCGUCAACGUGUCCAGUGUCAACGGACAGAGAUCAUUCCCCGGUGUGCUGGCGUACUGCAUGUCCAAGUCCGCCAUCGAUCAGUUCACACGUUGUAUUGCACUUGAACUGGCGUGUAAGCAAGUCAGAGUGAACUCGGUCUGCCCUGGUGUGAUCAUCACCGAUGUCCACAAGAGAGCAGGACUAGAUGAGGAUCAGUAUGCCCAGUUUCUUGCAAAGUGUAAGCAGACCCAUGCCCUCGGUCGACCAGGGGAGGUGGAGGAAGUGGCCCACAGCAUCGCCUUCCUGGCGUCCGACGCUGCUAGCUUCAUUACCGGAGUCAACCUGCCCAUCGACGGGGGCCGCCAUGCCAUGUGCCCAAGAUGAGAGCACGCAAAAGAUACGGCCAUCUGCUGAUAUACUGAUUUCAACUUCUGUCUGCCUGUUUGUUUUGUAAUAAAUACGACUACAGGUGAAUAACUACUAAAACUAA